AUGCACAGAACAUACUCGUUGAGAAACUCGCGGGCACCUACCGCGUCCCAAUUGGCGAACCCACCUCCUCCACCAGCGACGACGAAAAACCGGUUUUUCGGACGCGGUGGGCUCGCGUACUCGUUCAGAAAGAAUGCUGCAGGCGCGUUUGGCCCGGAGCUGUCGCGCAAGCUGUCGCAGUUGGUGAAAAUCGAGAAAAACGUGUUGCGGUCGAUUGAGGUCGCUGCGCACGAACGUCGCGACGCGGCCAAGCAGCUUUCGCUAUGGGGGCUUGAAAAUGACGACGACGUGUCGGACAUUACGGACAAGCUCGGUGUGCUUAUCUACGAGAUGAGUGAGCUCGACGACCAAUUCAUCGAUCGUUACGACCAGUACCGUUUGACGAUCAAGUCUAUCCGUGAUAUUGAAGGCUCGGUGCAGCCAUCACGUGACCGCAAGGCCAAAAUCACCGACAAGAUUGCGUACCUCAAGUACAAGGACCCGGCGUCCGCCAAGAUCGAGGUGCUCGAGCAGGAACUUGUGCGUGCAGAGGCCGAAUCGCUUGUCGCGGAGGCGCAACUUUCGAACAUUACACGUUCCAAGGUGCGUGCGGCCUUCAACUACCAGUUCGACUCCAUCAUUGAGCACUCUGAGAAGCUAGCGCUCAUUGCCGGCUACGGGAAAGCUCUGCUUGAGCUGUUGGACGACUCGCCCGUCACCCCAGGUGAAACCAGACCCGCCUACGACGGCUACGAGGCCUCCAAGCAGAUCAUCAUCGACGCCGAAAACGCGUUGAACGACUGGACUUUGGACACUGCGCAAGUCAAACCUUCUCUCAGUAUCCGCAACGUUGAGUACGACGACUAUGGCGAAGCGGACGUGAACCCUGAGCACGAGCACUGGGUUGACGAGGACGAGGCCGCCGUUGUCGAGCCAGAGGCUGCUGCCGCCUGA